AUUUGUAUGGACCACGAGAGAGUAGGGAUGGAAAACCCACACCCAUCAAGACUCUCAAGUCUUGUAAUAUUUCUGUAUAUAGCUUGCACUUAUUAGCGACUUCAUUAUCAUAAUACAAUCACAAUUUGCAGCCAUGGACAAAAAGCUUUAUUGCAUUUUUGCUUAUGCAUUCCUAAUCACCAUAACCUUCCCAAUGCUUUCUUCUGAAUCCAAACAACCUCUGAGCCUUGCAACUGAUCAAACUGCCCUUCUUUCACUCAAACAACACAUCACCUCCGACCCUUCUCUUUUACUUGCAACUAAUUGGACCAAUUCGAGCUCCGUCUGCAGCUGGAUUGGCGUCACUUGCAGCUUGCGCCACCCAAGAGUAUCUGCCUUGAAUCUCUCCAACAUGGCUCUCUCCGGCACCAUUUCACCGCAGCUCGGACACCUCUCCUUCCUCGUCUCCCUCGACCUCAGAAACAAUCUUUUCCAUGGAGAUUUGCCUCAAGAGCUGUCUCUCCUUCGCCGUUUGAAGUUCAUAUCUCUCCGACUCAACAACUUCACCGGAGACAUCCCUCCGAUGUUGGGUCAGUUACCAAAAUUAGAGUACUUGUAUUUACGCAACAACAGCUUCAUAGGUUCCAUCCCAAAAUCGUUCUCAAACCUCACAAACCUAAAAUCUCUUGACUUAACUUACAAUUCUCUAAGUGGAGAAAUUCCAAAAGAGUUUGGGAGACUUCAAAGUCUACAAACUCUGUAUGUUCAAUUCAAUCAUUUGUCGGGUGCUAUACCAUCAGCCAUAUUCAACAUAUCGACCCUUGUAGCUAUAGCAUUGAGAGACAAUGAAUUGAGUGGAAGUCUUCCAACAGACAUUUGCCGUAAUCUUCCAACUCUUACUUUGCUAAGUCUUUCUUUCAAUCAGCUGAGUGGCGUGAUUCCCACAAAUCUAUCCCAAUGUUCACGGCUUGAGAAGUUGAGCCUCUCUUACAACUCUUUUAGUGGGGAGAUACCUUCAGAAAUCGGCUACUUAACAUCUCUUCAGAUUCUAUAUCUUGGUGGUAACAAUUUGAAUGGAAUACUACCACAUGAGAUUGGCCAUCUUCAGAGUCUGGUUACUUUUGGUGCUGAACGGAAUGAGAUUGCGGGCUCAAUUGAUUUCAAUAUUUUCAUGAAUAUGUCUGCUCUGCAAACCUUAAUACUAGGGCGUAACAAAUUCACGGGGAACCUUCCAAGGGAUGUCGGGAAUAUUACCAUGCUAACAGAGUUACACCUCUCGGAAAACCAUUUUACAGGGCUUAUUCCCACUGAAUUUGGCCAACUUUACCAUUUGGAGAGAUUUUCAUUAUCAUUGAACAGCUUCAGUGGUUCGAUUCCACAUGAGCUCUUUAACAUUUCAACUCUUCGGAUUCUUUCACUUGUCGGCAACGCUCUGUCAGGGGUUCUUCCAACCCAUUUAUGCCAUGCCUCUCCCUUUCUUGAACAACUUUAUCUUGCCAUAAAUUCUAUCACCGGAGCAAUACCCAAUGCUAUUUCUAACUGUUCUCAACUCACAAUUCUCUCACUUUCUGAAAACAAAUUCAGUGGUUAUAUACCUACUCAUCUCGGCAACCUAAGACUUCUUCAAGAUCUUCGACUACACAGCAACAAUCUUACCCAGUCACCAUCUUCUUCCUUCAUUACUUCAUUGACAAAUUGCAGGUCUCUAACUAGUUUGUCAAUUGGUGAUAAUCCUCUAAAUGGUGUCAUUCCAGCUUCUGUCGGGAACUUAUCUUCCUCACUUCAAACAUUCACCGCCGGCAACUGCAAAUUCAGAGGCAGCAUUCAUGUUGAAAUAGGAAAUUUAAGCAAUUUGAUGAUAUUGGAGUUGUCAGCAAAUGAGUUAUCUGGUAAUAUUCCACUAACUAUAAGCCAUUUGCAUGAACUUCAAGGAUUACUUCUGUAUGAUAACUUGUUGGGAGGCUCAAUACCACAUGCUAUAUGUGAUCUAUUCAGCCUCAAUACUUUAGGUAUGAGCCAUAAUCAAUUUUCAGGCCCAAUUCCUAAAUGUCUGGGAAAUAUCUCUUCUUUAAGAAAUCUUGGUCUAGACUCCAACAUUUUGAAUUCUAGCAUACCAUCAAGCUUAUGGGGCCUAAAAGAUUUGAUCUAUCUAGACUUGUCCUCGAAUUCAUUAAAUGGGUCACUACCUCAAGAGAUGAGUAACUUAGGAGCAGCGAUCUAUAUAAAUGUAGCAAUGAAUCAGUUGUCAGGGUCAAUUCCGAGGAAUAUCGAAAAGUUGCAGAAUUUGGUUAAUCUGUCUUUGGCAAAUAAUAGACUAGAAGGUUCUAUUCCUGUGUCUAUGGGAAGCAUGAUCAGUUUGGAAAAUCUUGACUUGUCGUACAACAACCUCUCUGGUUCUAUUCCAAAGUCUUUAGAAGCACUUCAACACCUCGACUACUUUAAUGUCUCUUUCAAUAGUUUAAGUGGAGAAAUUCCUAAUGGAGGUUCUUUUAGAAACUUCACUAUGGAUUCUUUUAAGGGUAAUGAGGCAUUGUGUGGAAUCCCCAAGUUCCACGUCCAAAUUUGCUCUUCAAUUUCUAAUCACAGAUCAAAGAGAAAGAAGGUGGAACGAGCUUCAUUUAUUGUUUUCGGGGUUGUGGCUUUCUUCUCAGUUGUUUGUUUGGCCUUUAUAAUUGUCAGAAACAAAAGGAAAGAUAAGACGAAUAGAGAAGUUGAUGAGUUGAUAUUCAUUGUGCCGGAAAGAAUCUCUUAUUAUGAACUGCUGCGAGCAACGGAAAGAUUCGAUGAAAGCAAUUUACUUGGCACUGGAAGUUCUUGCUCUGUUUAUAAAGGAAUUCUUAACAAUGGGAUGAAUAUCGUUGUCAAGGUGUUCAAUAUGCAGCUAGAAGGUAUUUCGAGAAUAUUCGAUGUCGAAUGUGAGAUACUACGUAGCAUUCGACACAGAAAUCUGACAAACGUCAUAAGCAGUUGCUCCAAUGAAGAGUUCAAGGCAUUAGUACUUGAAUAUAUGCCAAAGGGAAACCUUGAAAAAUGGUUAUAUUCCCACAACUAUUGCUUGAAUAUGAUGGAAAGAUUGAAUAUAAUGAUUGAUGUUGCAUGUGCUUUGGAGUAUCUUCACCACGGUUAUUCAAUGCCCAUUGUCCACAGCGACUUGAAGCCUAGUAAUGUGCUGUUAGAUGAAGACAUGGUUGCCCAUGUAAGCGACUUUGGGAUAGCAAAGCUGUUAUGCGAUGGAGAUAGUUCUGUGUUAACCAACACGCUAGCAACAUUGGGUUACAUCGCUCCAGAGUAUGGCUUGGAAGGGCUAGUUUCAACAAGGUGUGAUGUGUAUAGCUACGGGGUGAUGUUGAUUGAAACUUUUACAAGAAAAAGGCCUAGUGAUGAUAUGUUUUGCGGAGAUAUGAGCUUAAAGAGAUGGGUAGAACUAUCACUUUUGGAGAACUCAGAUGAAGUGAUAGAUGCCAACUUAGUCAUGAAUUUGGAGGAAGAAAUGAUUGACAAGAAUAUGCAGUGUGUAUCAUCCAUACUCGAAUUGGCUUUGAAAUGCUCUGCCGACUCUCCCGGGGAUAGAAUCAACAUGAAACAAGCACAUGCAGAGUUGCAGAAAAUCAAACAUCGAUUUUCCCAAUGA